AUGGUCUAGUUUAUAAUAAGCUUUCUCAAAAUAAAACGCAGUGGAAUAGCUGCCCUGAAAUAGCUGAAUCUGGCUUGUGGUCAUGUCGUCAGGGCGAGUUCACUUUUAGGUACGGGAAAUGAGCGCGCGGAGCCACUACGUUCGUUUGUGUUCCCUCUCGUUUCCUGAGUGAGACAAACAAAAAGAGAAGUACAAAACAGGAAUAUUUUCAUUCCACUUUCCAGAUUUAGCAUCAACACCAUUUCACUUCUCCGCUGGUUGGCAUGGUCCGAAGUAGAGAAAUGUUCUACGUAUUUUUAAUACUUGACAAUAUCAGCUACAAGUGUUGUGCGUUCCGUUGUUUGUAAAGUAAUUUGGAAAGUGACCCGACCGAACGUGAUAUGUUAUGUGAAAAAUUCUUAAAUCAAGUAUGACAGUUGUGGAUGAAUAUUAGGCAGUUGUUCAUUUCAGUGACUUGAAAUGUUCCGAAAAUAAGCAUCAACCGGCAAGACCUCAAGAUGGCUGCCGAUACUUCGCGCGCUUCUGGAAACGUAAUUUUCGACGUUCGGGAUAAGAAAUGUAAGCAAUAGACAUCAGACAAGGAACACGUACACUCUGUGGAAGAUGUGUUAACCACAUAUACAACUGGAUCCUUCAAAAUGGGCAGCAGUUGCUCUUCGGGGCAAGCUCACAAGGACAGAGACAGCGUGUCCACCAGAUCCGAGGAAUCUAUUGCGUGCUGCAGAUCUCCUAGCUACCAGGUGUCAGGCAAGAAAUCCUGCCAGCAACAACAGGAAGCAGACGGGAAGGGAAGGAAGCAGCAGCAACAUGGGAAUCACAGCACAAGCCCACCACAACAGCCACAUUCGGGGGUCAUUUUGGAGGCUUCCACUGUUGCUGCUACAGUUCAGCAGCAACUGCGUGGGAAUGCUGGAGGGGGCGGAGUCCAAAUUGAAAGUGUAUCCACUCCAUCAGCUGUGGUUUUAGAGAGGAAACCCACCAAGGAUGGAUUGACUAAAGUGAGAAAUAUUGCCACCUCUAGUAUAUCAGCUGAUUCUAUGUCUCUGUCAUCUCCUCCUGGAACAUCAGUACAAAGCCCACGAGAUUUUGAUAAAUGCGAAACACCACUUCCACAAGAAGUACAGCAGUUACCAGAGAAUCUGCAGAACUUGUUAAUGGGAAGAAUUGCAUCUGCUCGGACUACCACCAAGACUCGUAAAAUUGUCAUCUAUGUCUGUGCUGCUGAUUCACAAGAUUGCUGUAUUGAAAAGGGAGCACUGCACAACACCAUGUACCCAGAACUUCGUGAUUACUGCCGCAGCCGAGGUUAUGAGCUUCACAUUGUUGACCUGCACUGGAAAACAGGUUUAGAGAAGCAGCAAGACCAUGAGUUUCCUGAACUGUGUCUUGGAGAACUGUCACGGCAAAUAGAAGUAGCCUAUGUGAUUCCAGUACUAUUUUUGAGUAAUUCUCUUGGUACACCACUUUUGCCAAAAACAAUUGAGAAUCAAGAUUUUGAAAUGGCACUUAGCAUUGCUGACAACAAGGAGCUAUUGCAGAAAUGGUAUCAGCUGGAUGGUCAUGCUCAACCACCUUGCUAUAGACUGCAGCCUAUUGCCAGUCACAUUCCAGGAUUUAAGGAAGAUUCACCAGAGGAGAAGGAGAGAGCACUGAGUGAAUGGCGUUCAGAAAUAGAACGAACACUUGAUGUUAUGGUGAACGUUUUCUCACAGGAACUAAGGGACACUUACCUCACCACUGUAGUGGAACAAGAGGUGCAUAACACAGUAUGCAUGAGUCAGGAGCUUGCUCGCAGAUGUUUGUGGCUCUAUCGAGCUUGUGCGCCAACUGGCAGCCAAUCACAAGAUCCUCCUUCACCUGGUGAAACAGAGCUCAGACGCAGACUGGAAGCGCUGCACAAAGAUCUCAAGACUCAACUAAAUGAAAAACACAUCCUGCGUAUACCAGUUCGCUGGGUUGAAGGGGGUUUGAACCUUGAUCUUCCAGAUCAUGCACAGUAUGUUACAGAAGUCACGUCACAAUUAGGUAAACAUCUUCGGGCUCUGGUGGACAACAUCAUAGAAGAGGAUCAAGCCAAAAGUGUGUUGAAGUCAAGUUAUGGGAUUGACAGCAGAUUGUUCCAAGAGCUGAUGGAGCAGACAAGUUUCUGUCAGAGAGCAGCACAGUGUAGCAUCAACAGGGAGGCUGUUCUGCAGGAAAUUAAAAGCUAUGUGAUAGGAGAAUCCCAGCAUCCAUUAGUAGUACAUGGGCCUCAAGGUUGUGGGAAAACCACUCUGAUAGCCAGAGCUGCCCAGUGCUGUCACACAUGGCAACCUGAAGCACUUCUUCUUCUAAGAUUUGUUUCUGUAUCAGCCCAGAGUCACACUACAGAGCAAUUAUUAAGAACUAUUUUGGACCAAUGCUCAGUUUUGACAUAUGGACAGCAAUCAUGGGCUGUACAUAACAUACAGAGCUAUACAGAAUUGCUGCCACGUUUGCUGGCCGCAUCUUGUCUCCAUCGUCCUCAGAUCAUCAUGAUUGAUGGUAUAGAUCAGGUGAAGGAGUACGGAACACAGAAUCUGGAUUGGCUGCCAGUUAAACUCCCUGAAAACGUAAAAAUUAUUUUCUCAGUGGCUGAUGACAGCCAUGUAUUUGCUGAGAUUAAGAAGAAAAUUACAGAUUCAGCCGCUCUUAUAGCAAUGCCUGCCCUAGGUAAGUUGGAGGCCGAGUCAAUUCUGAUGGCAUCUGUGAUGCAGUACAAUCACAGUGUAAGCAGCCGUGUCCAGGACUGUGUACGCUCCUCAGUUCAAGAUUGUACUUUCCCCCUGUAUGUGAAGGUUCUGGCAUGGCAGACAUCCUGGUGGACAGAUAAAGACCAUGACAUUGUGCCAAAGGGAAAUAUUAUGGACCAACUUCAUCUUAUGCUGGAAGAGUUGGAAGUCAUUCUGGGCAAGGAAAGGGUGGAACAUGCUCUGGCAUUGGUUACAGCAACAAAAACUGGACUCAGUGAUUCAGAGAUGUUGGACCUGCUUUCUCAUGAUUCAGCCUUCCACAGCCAAGCUACUUAUGUUUUGUGGGCACCCGGAUGCUUAUUCUGGGCCAGACUCAACAAGUACCUAGCCCCAUUUCUGCUCUGGUCAAGUGUAGAUGGCCCAAGCACAUUACAUUGGCGGGAUGAUAUGCUGUACAAUGCAGUGAAGCAGAAAUACCUUGGGGACCAAAAGAGAAGGCAGUGGGCUCAUCAGACACUUGUUCAUUAUUAUCAGGGGAAAUGGGCAGAUGAACUGCCUCCUGGGAUGACUGGUCGACAUCUACCACAGCCUGACAAAAUCAACAUGUGCUAUAACAGAAGAAAGCUGGAUGAACUCCCCUUCCAGGUGUUUCAGCUUAGGGGUUCAAUACUGAAGGAGUUCCUUUACAACCAUUCCUGGUUGUAUGUCAAACUUUGCGGCUCUGAUGUGUACCAUGUAUUAGAGGACAUUACUCUAGAAGAGAGAUCUUUGACCACUAAUAAAGGACAAGAAAAGGACCUCCUCUUCCUUAAAAAGUGUCUUGAAGAAAGUUCUUGUGCAUUGGCAUAUGAUGGCAGGCAGUUUUACUCUCAGAUGUAUGGCCACUUAUCUGCUAUAUAUGGUUCUCGUGGAAGUAAGACACAUGAUUUAAAAAAGAAACCUUCCUCAGCAGAACCAAAUUGGGAGUCUCCUGAAGGUUACAAAUAUGUGAAGGAACUGUAUGAGGUUUGUUGUGAUCCUCCUGUCCUUUCCCUCUUGCCUCUUCAGCUGCUGGUCAGUGGAAGUUCAGAAGCUGAGGGAGAGAAAAAUGUGAUGGAUAAGUUGUCAGUUUCUGCCGCAGCUAUUGGUAGUGGUGGUGCAGUUGAAGUAGAAGACUUAGAGCAGUUGUGUCAGUUUGACAUGAUCACACGGCUAGUGGAUAAUCCUGAUUUUGUUGUCACUGUGUCAACGGAACGGGAAGAAAUUUCUGUGUGGGACGUCCAUGAUGCCAUCCCUGUAAGAACUCUUACUGGAGUAACACAUCCCAUCAAUCUCAAGACCAUUGAUGAUACAAGGUGUGUGGUCCUGUGUCGAAGAGAACUUCGAAUCUAUGACUUGGAUUCAGGAAAAUUUGUAACAAGACUGAAGGGUGUCAUGAAUCAGAAGAUGCCCUACUAUGGGCUCCAUGAUCGAGCUCAUCUGGUAGCACUUUCGCGUAAUCGGAUGUAUGUGAACCUAAUGAACUUGGAGAGUGGAGACUGUGUAACAACAUUCAAGGCAGGAGAGGACCGGUUCCUAAAUUCCUUGCUUGUUUCUGGUGAUGGCAGAGUGUUGGUGUGUGGGGAUGAAACUCAGAAACCAUUUCCUCUGCUGGUAUGGAAUUUGGCAUCUAGAAAACUGCUGUAUGACUUAAGAAUCCCUCAUCAUGACUUUGUCACAAGUCUGGCUGCAAUUACACAUGAAGGACAUUAUGUCUGUUGCGUUGCAAAGGAAGUGGAUGAACCAUGUCCCAAUUUCAUUGUUGUAUAUGAUCUGCAAAGUGGGACAUUGUUCAAAAAAUGGAAACCAGGUGUAAAUACAGUUUCCCUUGACAUUUCUUCUCGAGAUGGCUGUGUUAUCAGUGGGCUAGAGGAUGCAAGGAUUCUAGUCUGGGACCUAAUCACAGGAAAUUGCCGGUGGUGUUUGUGCGGGCACACUGCCCCGGUCAACUUCUUGCGACUUGAUUUCCAUGGGGGUUCAUUUCUCUCAGCAGACUCAAUCUGUAGAGACCGAUCACUCCGACUUUGGGACCUCAAUAAAGGUGAGCUGCUGGCAGUGUACACACCCGAACGUCCUGUGACGUCAAGUGAGGUGACAAGUGGGGGGCACUCAGUGGUACUAGCCCUGCGUGGUCGUUCGCACAUCACCACACUACAGUUACGUGGUCCACAAGUAGGUAACUCUGUAGGCAGUGAACACCGCUGCUAUGGGCGCCCUGAAAAUACAGGUAAAACCUUUGACUUGCGUGAUGAACCACGGGCAGCAGAAAGGUGACAGAAGAGAAGAGGAUCAUAUCUUUGUAAUGGAUGAAAACAGGAAAUAGAAAUGACCUCAUUACAGGAUUUGGGUCUGUGGCAAUAUGAUGGAUCAGAAAUGUAAGAAAUGUUUAUUACAUUUUCCCUGUUACCUUUUAAAAUGUAUUGCUGUCAUAAUGCAGAAACUACACAUCCAUCCCAUUACUGCCCCAAAUUAUAAUUCUUUCUUUUCCAGCUCUGAUGAGGUCAUACAUGUUAAAACCAUUUUUAUUACAGAUAAAAUGUUUUCAUAAAUAGCUGUUCAUAAAUAUUUAACAGAGGUGGACAGAUUUUUCUUAAUGAUUCCAGACCAUUCUCAUGCUUUAAAAGUGAAAAUAUCUCACAUACUCGUAAAUUGACCACUGUAGCUUGAUAUACCUAACAAUACUCCAGAGUCUUUGUCUCUGAAUCCUAUUUUGAAUGAUAAAAAUUCACUCAUAAGCCACGAUUUGCCCACCUCUGUGCUGAGGGAUACUUUAUAAAUUAAGUAAUGAAUGGAUGCUGGGAAAUUAUGUUUCAAUGUUUGCCAGUGCUGUGCUGGUAGUGCUCCACUCUAAUCAUAAGUUUGGACUCACACCUAAAAACCACAAAAUAGUGUUCAAUAAUAAGUCAAAAGAUGUUUGGACUAAGUGAGAGUCAUGAUGUUUAAAAUGAUCAGUACAUUUGAAGUGAAAAAAUUUAAUUUGUAAUAUGUUUUUCAUGCUUUUAUUAUAAAAUAGUUUUGUGAUUACAUAUGUAUGUUGGCAGUGGUAUCUUCUUCCAUAAAUAUUCCUGUUAUUAAAUUUGUAUACCCAUAUUGGAAUGUUUUUUUUUUUUAUCUUGUAGUUACUGUUGCAGCUAUUGUUAAUCACAGGCAAUACGGAAUCUGAGAUGUUCUUGUGUCUAUACUGUUUUUAUGAUGUUCUCUUGUCCCCCCUCCUCACUGCUUUGAAUAAGAAAGACCUGUACCCAAAUAAACCCCAGGUAGAGACAGCUGACCCAUCUAAUAUAGUUGACUAAGGAAUGCUAGAUGUGAAUAUUUUUAACUCAGAUGGGUAUGUAUUCUGAGAUGUGAAGAAAGAAGGAAAAAGGGAAUGUAUAUGUAUGCUUCUGAACAUUUUGUUUCUAAAAGAUGCACGCUACAUUACUGUUGGAUUUAGUAAAUUACAUUAAAUAUGACUAUAGAAAGGUUAGAAGGAAAAUCCAAAUUAAAUCCUAUGCACUGCAGUGCAAAGAUUAGUUGUAAUGUCCAAAAUAACAACCAGUUACCUAACAAACUUUUUACCCUGUGUUUUCACAUUAUAUGCUGCCCAAAAUAUAAAUUAGUCAUAUAUCUAUAUAAAAUUAGAAGACUUCCUCUAUAGAAUGCUUAUGCUACUAGGUUUGAUUAACAUAAUAUGACUUUGCCAUUUUAAAGAAGUUGUUCCUGUAAAAGUUCCACAAUCUGGUUUCCUCACAACCAUUGUAAAUGACUUCAAUUCUUUUGUUUAUUGAAUGAGCCUGAAGCAAGCAGGAAAAAAUGAAAUUAUGCUGUCAUUUUUAAGUUUAAGGUCUUUCAUCAUCUGUCAUGAUGUCAUGCUGUCAUCUUUGUAUUUAGUAUAAAUAUAAAUAUGAAGAAGAAAAUUUCUUACAGUUUUAGAACGUGAGUUCCAAAUUUUAACAUUAUAGCUAAAUCCUGUUUUCUUAUUAUGACCACUCAGAAAAAACUGUACUUUAAUUCUAGUAACUGAAGAGAUUUUUAACUGUGGUGAAAAUUUAAUUAUGUAUUUGUACAUAUUGGUGUGUUUGAGCUUAUACACAUGCUCUUGUACUCAUACUAUCAGACAUAAUGUUAUCUUGAUAAAUAUACUCUGUAGAUAAUAUUAUAUUUUAGCGUCCUGUUGCACUGAUUUAAGUCCAUGAUUUAUUUCAC